GAAGUGUUAUGUCGCGAAAGAAUAGGACGCUAAAUUAGAGCAUCCUGAUCCUGACGUUUUCUCCGCACAUUUUUUCUCCCUCAUCGAACGUUCACAUGUCAGCGGGGACGUCGGAAAUUAACAUUUAAUCUUUGUUUAUUUUUCGUUUUUUUGUUUUUGUCUUCUUGGAUUCUCCCCACGCUUAUUCCUUCUUCUUGUUGUUUUGUGUGAUGGCCGACAGCGUCCUCAGCAUCAGGACCAGCUUAGAAGGGCCGGAGGCGCUCAGACCAACGACACACAACACACCUAAUUCUAUCAAACCAGCAGACCAAGCUGCCUUAACUGACCUUUGAACCUGCAACAGACAUCACUAGUGGCCCAUGAUGUGAAAAUGUUCGCCGCCAUGACAGCACGCCACAGGAGGGAUGCACCGAUGUCACAGCUCCUGGCGAGCCUCAGCGCCGACGUCACCGAGAAGGCUCGGCUUGAGCUCAACGAAAACCCCAACACCCUACACCAGAACAUACAACAGGUGCGUGACAUGAUCGUGACUCGUCCAGACAUCGGCUUCUUGCGUACAGACGACGACUUCAUCCUUCGCUUCCUCCGAGCGCGCAAGUUUGACCCGGUGGAGACAUUCCGGCUGCUAGCGCAAUACUUUCAGUUCCGACAGCAGAACCUCGACAUGUUCCAGAGCUUCAAGGUGGACGACCCCGGCAUCAAGCGAGCGUUGAUGGACGGCUUCCCAGGCGUUCUGGAGAACCCAGACCAACACGGCCGAAAGAUCCUCAUCCUUUUUGCCUCCAACUGGGACCAGAGCAGGAACUCGUUCACAGACAUCUUGCGGGCCAUCCUUCUCUCGCUGGAGGUUCUGAUUGAGAAGCCCGAGCUGCAAAUCAACGGCUUUGUGCUCAUCAUUGACUGGAGCAACUUUUCCUUCAAGCAGGCCUCCAAACUCACGCCCAACAUCCUCAAGCUAGCCAUCGAAGGCCUGCAGGACAGCUUCCCGGCCCGUUUCGGAGGGAUCCAUUUUGUCAACCAGCCGUGGUACAUUUACGCCAUGUUCACCAUCAUCAAGCCUUUCCUCAAAGACAAAACCAGGAAACGGAUUUUUCUCCACGGAAACAACCUGAACUCGCUCCAUCAGCUCAUUCAGCCCGAGUGUCUGCCGUCCGAGUUCGGGGGUACGCUUCCGCCGUACGACAUGGGUAUGUGGGCGCGCACCCUGCUGGGUCCUGACUAUAUGGACGAAACCGAGUACACACUCACCUAUGACGCCCUGCACGUCCGAGAGAACUGCGGGGGAGGUGCGGACAAGGAGCUCAUGAAGAGGUCUCAGUCGGUGGUCAAUCCCGCCACGCUGCGACAGACGGACAGAGACACCAGCACUCCGCUAUUGGCCCUGGACUGAACACACGUGCGCACACUCACACGCACACACACUCACGCACGCACUUACACACAAUUGCUGGAUUUUGACGUGUUGUUUUGUCCCGUCCAGCUGAACUUUGACUUCCUGUUUCUGAGCCCAAAUGUGUGUUUAUGCUGCACACAUACGCAAACACACACAAACACUAACGCGCACACACGCUUUCAUGUUUGUGUGUCCCCACGCUGGAAACGCAGGAAAGGUCGUCAUGACUUUAGCGAAUGUUUGCUCACCGCCAUCUUCAUCAUCUCGUUCAUCGGUGACAAUGACGCACUGACAUUCAUUCAUUCAAUCAAUCAAUCGUGGUGAUUGUAGUUCAGUGUUCCCAACCUUCAUUGAGCCAAGGUACAUAUUUGAUUGGAUUUGAAAACAAAUAUAAAAAUAAAUAAAAUAAGCAUACAUAGUUAUCGGCGAGUAAUCGAUUCAUCGUUUUAGUCCCAUGGUCUUUCUUGUAAAAAUGCCCAUAUAGUCAUUAGGGAGUCGGGAAUGAACGUUGGGAAUCUUUGUAGAUGAUCAGAGCGUUAGCACUCUUGUUAGCGUCGCCCGCUCAAUUGCUUGGAUUAGCCAUGUCAAUCGGAAGACUUGAUGGAAAGAAACAGGGAACUUCUCGUCCAAGUGUGAACUAAAGCGUCAUGAUUGUCGUCGCUGAGGAAACUCGCUAUCGCUAUGGUUGCUCGCGUUUAUCGCCAAAUAUGAAUGAAAACACUUUGGGUCAAGCUUUCCAAUCAAGAUAAUGUCGCACGCGUAGAACAACCGAGCGCUACGUGCAUGUCGAUUAGAAAGAAAAAGUGCUCCCUCCUUUCAUGCUUUCAAGUAUUGUGCUCUCAACACACACACCGAAUGCCAAAAUGUCACUAAAGAGAAAGAUUGUUUUUAUUGAAUUUGAACGUAUUUAAAGAUUGUAUCGAUCAUGUAUUGCCGCGCUACAAAAAAGACUUUUCGUCGGAUGAAAAGCUUUUUGCAGUGCCACUCGACAUCAGGGCUACACUCAUUUCUUCUCAUGUAUUUACUGCAGAAUGUAACUAGUAAACAUUUACACCUCCA